AAAAUAUGGCACUCCAGGCAGGCAGAGGCGGUGAACCAAAGCUCCGCUCUAUUGAUGAUCUCUGCGCCAUUUUGCAUCCCAUACAACGGUAUCUAAGCAUUAACUUCUUGGACUUCACACGUAUCAAUGGGCGUUUUGCAAUACCAAGCUCGAUGUUGCUGAAUGUCGGCAUCGUACUAUCAGUUUUGGACUGCAUGGGUAAUAUAACGAAGGUCUGCAUGGCGAUCAACGACAGAGAUCUCACCAAAGCACAAGAAACCUUCGCCGUCUUGGGGAUGGCAUUUGUGAUGACGAUGCGUGGCAUGAUGUUGGCGCGAAGUCGAGUGAGGUUAUCUGAGCUUUACAACAGUAUCGAUCGCAUAUUUCCAAAUAGCUCUGAGCUUCAGACGCACAUGGAGGUGGCAAAGACGCACGAUUAUAUAAAAAGACGGUUUUUCUUACUACACCAAGGACUUUCCUUCGCUCUAGUUCUAUUUUGCACAAUGCCAGCUGUUAAGCUAGUUUUUUUCUACGAUUUCGAGGCGCAAGAACCUGUUGCAGAUGAAUUUCAUGUGAAUCCUUCUUGGGUGCCAUUUCAAGUGAAGGAAACGAUCUCCUCCUACGGCUACAUAUAUGUCUAUGAAGUGAUCUUGGCCUUGGUGGCGGUCAAUAUGAUAAUUACCUGGGAUGAAGUCUUUGUUGUGCUCAUAUCACAGUUAUCUGUUCUUUUCUUUCUUCACUUCGUUUCUAGUCUCGCUGACGAAUUGAACGAUUUGUUUAAUCUAUCAAUUUUAGUUUCGGAUAUGGGCACCGCGAUGUCCAUAUGUUUCAACUUAUUUCUAGUAACUGGCGCUAAGGACUAUUUACAGAUUCCCUCCUAUCUUACACCGUGCUUUGUGGAAACUUGGCUGAUUUAUGAUGUCUCCAAAUGGGGCACGAUGCUGGAGACUGUCACUGCUCGAAUUAAUGAAGUUUUGUAUGAGCAAAAAUGGUACGACAGCUCAGUUCACUGA